UCGCUUUCCAUCAUCAGAAUGCACAAGAGCAGCACUGCUGGACCAGAUAGUAUAAGGAAGGUAGCCUACCUCCAGUGGAAACCAGCUUUUCUGUAUGGUAGAAACUUAGCUAAACUGGCAGAAGGAGUCUGGGUUUAUACUUGAAAGAGUGGCUUCCUUUUCACAGACUGGAGUCUGUGUAAUGCAUCACCUGUGUACUGAAAAAUUGAUACUCAAAGCUGUUACGCAUAACUUGGGUACCAUGGAGGAGGCAGGGGUUUUUGUUUCUUUGUUCUAGAUCCCAAACUCAGGACCAGUUCAUGAAGUUUAACUGUCAUUCCAAACAUGACAGAAGUCUUCAAAUUUAAAGUCCUGAAUUUGUCUCACAAUGUUCAUAAGUAGGCCAAAACAAGUUGCCCAGAGAAGCUGUGGAUGCCCCAUCCCUGGAAGUGUUAAAGGCCAGGUUGGAUGGGGCCCUGAGCAACCUGAUGUGGUAGAAGGCAUCCCUGCCCAUGGCAGUGGGGUUGGAACUGAAUGAUCUCUCAUGUCCCUCCUAACCCAAACUGUUCUGUGAUUCUGUGCUAAUGAACUUGUUAAUUCACUGUGCUUACUCUUACUCUGUAUUGGCACUGUUUCAAAAUCAAAGCUGGAGGAGGAGUCCUACCUUGUAGUUGGUUGUAGUAGCAGUGUUUCUUAACAAGUUGGUCUGGUAAUAACUAGGUCUGCGUCAUACAACCAGUAAAUGUAAUAAAACAGAAAUUUGAUAGGGUUAGGAACUUAGUACCAUUGAGCAACCUAAAGCUUAAUGAAAAUCCAAAACGGGAUGGGGGCAUCUCUGAGCAGUGUCCUGGGAGAAGCUGGGAGAGGAAGCAUAAUGAUUUUACCCAUUAUCUGUCAUGUGUGUCUCUUCAAACCAGGACAUAACAGGUGGUUUUUUUGGGGUUUUUGUCUGUCUAACAGGGCACUUGAGAAGGAAGUUAGAUGAAUGUGUGAUUGCUGACUGUGUAGGUUGCUGUGGACAGCAUAGGAGGUUACUGAGGGCCUUAUGAGUGAGGCUAGAAGCAGUUAAUAUUGUGAUGAGGAAGAUGAGGAGGAAGAUAACUGCUGUGAGAGGUAUAUAGAGAAUAUUAGGUCAGUGGGAAAGUUUGGGCACAAACUACAAAAUACAUGGGACAUCAGAUUUUUUAGGACAGGUUGUUCCUUCUGUAUGAUUUGCAGGAGUUGGUCAUUAAUAGGUCCUAAUUUAUAUAUUUGAGUGUGCCUACUGUGUCUUAUUUUCUCUACUCCUCUUUCUGUCUCAGCACAAAUUAGAAGUAAACUGCUAACUUACUUGUUAUCAUAGAAAGCAACAAACAAUAGCAAAGGUCUGAAUUUGGACUCAGAGUUGUUUCUAAGCCUGCAUAGUUCAUACUGCAGCUACAGUGGUGUAACACUGGGAAGUUGGAUAUCCAGCCUGCUCUGUUAGCAAAAUUUAUACAGUUGUGGAGCCUGUCAGGGGAAACAGAGAAAAAUUCCUCUGGGUAAGAUUAGUCAUUUAUUCAUGCAUUCUGCUUUUAGGUCUGAUUUAAAGAUGUUACCUCCUUAGAAAUGGACAGCAAUGAAUAAAUAUUGGUUACUUUGAUAGGUGUAUUAUGUGAUCUGUAUAUAUGCUGCACAUAUUCUCCAGAUUUAUGUGCUGCUACAUGGAUAUAUAUACACCUACAUGCACCCUGUCCUUCACUAUUUGAAGGAUAUUUAGAGGAUACCAUUAAAAUGUCAGUUUCUAUCGCUAUUUUUGCAAAUAGCCCAACUAGUGUGUAGACAUGAAUGCUCAGAGCAGUAGCAGAAAGCAACAGUUUAGCAAAACAUUGUUUUAUUUAGUAAAAUCUUAAUGUUUUACUCUCUUUCCUCCCCCAAUUAAAAACAAAAUAAAGUUUAAGUAAAAAACCAAAAAGGAACUAAACAAACAAAAAAAACCCCAUAGACAGGGAAGCCAGGUAGGAAAGCUCAGAUUGUUGGCUCUGUGAAAGUUCAGGACAGUAGUUUUCACACUGUGUGGACUCUGAGAAACUAUUGAUAUGUGCAUUGUUACUGAAAUUUCUCCUGUGUAGGUUGUGCUAGGGCAUAGGUGCAUCAACUUCGCUUCCAUCCAUUCCUGUGGAUUUCGUGUGGGCAAGGGUGGUUCCCAGGACCACAGGUUAAAGUUGUUGGCAUGUAAGUCUGAAGGAAAGUGUGACAACAAUUGCUUUUGCUCAUGAUUGCAAAACAUGUACACACAUGAUGUAAUCAGAGGGAGAGAGAAGGAGAAUGAUUAUGUUGCAUUCUCAGUAAAUGCAAUUUACAUGUAGAAGAUGCAUGCUGUGGUAAUAGAACACAAUAAAAGAGAACCUUUUGGUCAUCUAUCGCUAUUACCUUAGAUGAUUUGUAUUAGUAAGUAACACUAAGAUCUACAGAAAUCAGAAUUAACACAAUAUUACUGUCUGAAAGCAGUAAUAUUAUUUUGGAAGUCUUUGCAUUUUGCCUGAAAGACCCUGUUGAGAUGGGAAAUUAAUUAGUUUUGGAGUAAUCCUUUGUAACUGGAGGCAGCCUGGACUCACAGCACCAUGAAUUUUCUACUGGGAGCAAAUGGGAGUUAAGAGUUUUGGUUUGGACUUAGUGCUGUAGAUUGCUUUUACAUUCCAGCUGACUUGAAGUUACAACUGAAUUAGCGCUGUGUGCUGGUUCAACUGGAGGGUCUUGCUUGACUCAGGACUGUCGUGCAGAUAGUUGGUGUUUUAACUGAUUUAUUUUUAUCUGAGUCUGGUGACUCUUCUUCCUUGGUCAGUGCUCUGGUGGAAGCUUGACUAUACGAAUCUAGUUGGUUGUUUCAAGUUAAUUCCCUGAAGAGUUGUGCACAUCCUGUGGAAAUGAGCCUUUAUGUGCACUCUGUGUAUUCUGGUAGUGCUGCUCCAGGAAACGGUUACUGAUUUCUUGCCUGGAUUGUAAGGGUAUGAGGCAAGGGAUUUGCCAGUACUCUCAGUUUAGGAAAGAGAGCGUCUUCUGUACUUGUGCUCAGGGGAAAUCAGCACUGCUUAAACAUGAGGUGCACUGCCCAUUGCUGCUUAGGUUGGGAACUGCAUAAGGCUGUAACUUUUUAGGUGGUCAGGACUGGUAAUUAUUCUCAGACAUUUGAGUUACUCAGUUUACUACAGAGGGGUAAAUUAUCACUUCCACCUUUUAUGUGUUUUUAAUGUGUAUUUAAAGUCAUAUAAUUUGGUUUAAGGGAAAGAUAGUUGUCAUACAUAGAUAGGUUAGAAAGUUUUGAUUAAUUUUUUUCAGCUCUAGUUAUGUGUUUUUUACAUGGACUUUGUGAAAAUACAGAGUAGAUGGAUUAUAGAGAUGGUAUUUUGGUUAGUAUAUUAAUAUUUCUGUGGUGGCAUUAGUUAAGGACUUUGAGGUAAAGUUGCAUCCAUCAGUAUAAAAUCUAAAUAAUUUACCUUAACCAGCACUGUUUCAUCUCAUUAAAAAGCCUAAUUAUAGGCUAAUUAUAAUUAGAUUUUUCUCCUUAAACUUCUGUGUUUAGGGAGGCCCUGGUAAUUUUCUUUGCAGAGAUGUUCUGUGAUGAAAUCUCCCAAGUCUUGAAACAUCUAAACUAUCAAAAAACUAAUUUUUUUUAUCUUGUAAUUGUUGACGAGGGGUGACUGAUGGGUGGAAUUGGCAGAAAAAAAUUCUUGGAGAACUUCAGAUGUAUAUUGAAGUCAUAAAAACAGUAACAAAAAGACUCAGUAUUUCUGUAAUGCCUAGUGAUGAGAGAAACUUGAAGAGGUUAAAACAAAUAUUAUCUUGCCCCUUGGCUUGAAUGUUAUUCCUAAUUUCUCUAGUAAAUGUAUUUUCAGUAAUUUUUAUAUGCUUUUUGCUUUUCGUAUUUGUCACGUGACAACAGAAUCUGAGAAUUGAUUAAUGGCAAAUGAAAAACAAGCAACAGUGACACUGUCUAUCUGAAGCUGUCAGAUGUAUGAAGUAUAGUAAACCUGGCUUCCAUUAAUUUUUCCCCAACUUUUUUUUUUAUAGUGUUAGAGGUAAAUGUGGAUUAAAACCCCCACUGUAUUGUGAUAAAAAUAUUAUUAUAAGCAAUAUUAUCUUGAUAUAUUAAUGUUUCUUUAGGAAUUUUUUUUUCAUCAAGGCAAACAUGUUGUUACUGUCAGUGCCACUGCCUCUUACCUUUGAUUUUUAUGAAAAGUUUUGCGUCUGUGCACCUAGAUGAGAGCUCUAGGAUUCUUAGAGAUACAGUAUGGGGUCUAGGAGGCUUCCUAGUCCUAUUUCCUCUUUCUUCUCCUUUCUUAAAAAAUGUCUUGCAGAGGUGAACUACCAGUGUAGCACAUGACUGUACCUUUCACAGUACAGCAAGUACUGCUUGGUUUCUUCUGGCUUGAAAAAUAUGCUUCAUGAUUAGUAAAAGUAAAGGGUUUGUGGAUGCACUUAGAUGUUUGCAAUGAGCACUGUGGCUGGCAUGCCCCAGUGUUUUGGAUACCAAUGCAUAGGACUCCGUAGUAAUCGAAUUUAUCAGAAACGAACGUCAUGAGCAUAGUGAUCCCAUUGGGGGUUGACACAGCAGAUACUUCUUAUUUGGAAAUGGCUGCAGGCUCAGAACCAGAAUCUGUAGAAGCUAGCCCUGUGGUAGUUGAAAAAUCGAACAGUUAUCCGCACCAGUUGUAUACCAGCAGCUCGCAUUCACACAGUUACAUUGGUUUGCCCUAUGCAGACCAUAACUAUGGUGCUCGGCCUCCUCCAACGCCUCCAGCUUCUCCUCCUCCAUCAGUGCUUAUAAGCAAGAAUGAAGUAGGCAUAUUUACCACUCCCAACUUCGAUGAAACCUCCAGUGCUACUACCAUCAGUACGUCAGAGGAUGGAAGCUAUGGAACUGAUAUUACCAGAUGCAUUUGUGGCUUUACACAUGAUGAUGGAUAUAUGAUCUGUUGUGACAAAUGCAGUGUCUGGCAGCACAUUGACUGCAUGGGGAUUGACAGACAGCAUAUUCCUGACAUAUAUCUGUGUGAACGUUGUCAACCCAGGAGUUUAGAUAAAGAAAGGGCAGUGCUGUUGCAACGAAGGAAAAGGGAAAAUAUGUCAGAUGGGGAUACCAGUGCAACAGAGAGUGGUGAUGAGGUUCCUGUGGAACUGUAUACUGCUUUUCAACACACACCAACGACGAUUACUUUAACUGCUACAAGAGUUACAAAAGUCAAUGAUAAGAAGAGGAAGAAAAGUGGGGAGAAAGAACAGAACAUAGCAAAAUGUAAAAAAGCAUUUCGAGAAGGAUCCAGGAAAUCUUCACGAGUAAAGGGCUCAGCUCCAGAGAUUGAUCCUACUGACACUUCAAACUUUGGAUGGGAAAAUAAAAUCAAGGCAUGGAUGGAUCGUUAUGAAGAAGCAAAUAAUAACCAGUACAGUGAAGGUGUCCAGAGGGAGGCACAAAAAAUAGCUCUGAGAUUAGGCAAUGGAAACGACAAAAAAGAAGUCAGCACCAGCAAUCUGAUUUUCAAACCUCCAGUAGAGAGUUACGUGCAAAAAAACAAGAAAAUUUUAAAAGCUGCCAAAGACUUGCCUCCCGAUGCACUUAUUAUUGAAUACAGAGGAAAGUUCAUGCUGAGAGAACAAUUUGAAGCUAAUGGAUAUUUCUUUAAAAGGCCGUACCCGUUUGUUUUAUUUUAUUCAAAAUUCCAUGGGCUAGAAAUGUGUGUUGAUGCAAGGACUUUUGGGAAUGAAGCUCGAUUUAUCAGGCGUUCAUGCACGCCAAAUGCAGAGGUGAGGCACGUAAUUGAAGAUGGAACAAUUCAUCUUUAUAUUUACUCCAUCCAUAACAUUCCAAAGGGAGCAGAGAUUACUAUAGCAUUUGAUUUCGAUUAUGGAAAUUGUAAAUACAAAGUGGAUUGUGCUUGCCUCAAAGAAAAUCCUGAAUGUCCAGUUCUCAGACGUUCCGAGCCUACAGAAAACAUCAAUACUGGAUAUGAAACCAGAAGGAAAAAGGGAAAGAAGGAGAAAGAUGUUUCAAGAGAAAAGGAGACUCAGAAUCAGAACAUCACAUUGGACUGUGAAGGAGCAGCCACCAAAAUGAAAAUCACAGACAAUAAGCAGAGAAAGCUCUCUCCCCUCAGGCUCUCCAUUUCUAAUAAUCAGGAACCAGAUUUUAUUGAUGAUAUAGAAGAAAAAACUCCCAUUAGCAAUGAAGUAGAAAUGGAAUCAGAGGAGCAGAUUGCAGAAAGGAAAAGGAAGAUGACAAGAGAAGAACGGAAAAUGGAAGCUAUCCUGCAAGCUUUUGCCAGACUAGAAAAACGAGAAAAAAGAAGAGAGCAGGCUUUGGAAAGAAUCAGCACAGCAAAAACUGAGGUUAAAUCGGAAUGCAAGGAAGCACAGAUUCUCAAUGAUGCUGAAUUUAUUCAGGAACCUGCAAAAGAAGAAACUGCCACCAAGCCCACCCCAGCCAAAGUUAAUAGAACUAAACAGAGAAAAAGCUUCUCACGGAGUAGAACUCACAUUGGCCAGCAGCGCCGGCGGCACAGAACUGUCAGCAUGUGCUCAGAUAUCCAGCCCUCUUCUCCUGACGUGGAAGUAACUUCCCAGCAUAAUGAAACUGAGAAUGCUGCACUGGUAGCUGAGCCUGAAACAGAAACUGUUGUUACAGAAAUGGUUACUGAAACAGAAGCUCCAGCACUUAGUAAAUGCCCUACUAAGUAUCCUAAAACAAAGAAGCACUUGGUCAGUGAAUGGUUAAGUGAAAAGAGUGAUAAAGCAGGGAAACCUACAGACAGUCUACCAGAAAGGCCUCUACGCAUAACUACAGACCCUGAAGUUCUGGCUACUCAGCUGAAUUCUUUACCUGGGCUCACUUACAGUCCACAUGUUUAUUCAACUCCAAAGCACUAUAUUCGUUUUACUUCACCAUUCCUUUCAGAAAAGAGGAGGAAAAAAGAACCUGUGGAAAACAUUACUGGCUCUUGUAAGAAGCGUUGGUUGAAGCAGGCUUUGGAAGAAGAAAAUUCAACAAUGAUUGAUAGAUUUAAUUCACCAUCACAAGAGAGAUCUAGAAGUCCAGCCAUCAAUGGUGAACAUAAAAGUCCUUUAUUACUGAAUGACAGCUGUUCCUUAACAGAUCUAACCACACCACUCAAAAAGCGAAGACUGUAUCAGCUGUUGGAGUCUGCAUUCUCAGAAACCUCCACACCUACUCCUUCUCCCUAUGCCACACCAACCCAUGCUGACAUCACUGCCUCCGAACCAUCCUUGUUUGCUACUCCUCCUAGGGUAAAAACAGAAGAUGAAGCUUGUAGAAAUGGUUACAAACCCAUAUAUUCGCCAGUUACUCCUGUAACUCCGUGUAUACAUGGAAAUACCAUGCACUUUGAGAAUAUUUCCUCACCUGACAGUUCCCCAGAAAUAAAAAGGCGAGCUUACAGUCAAGAGGGUUAUGACAGAGCAUCGAUUCUAGCACUGAAUUCUUUCAGAAAUUCCAACCUGACAGAAAUGGGCCUGCAAGAAAUAAAGACUAUUGGAUAUUCUAGUCCAAGGAAUAGGACUGAUGUCACACGGCAGUGCACUGGAGAAAUGGAAUCUGUGUCAGACCUCCAGCUGGGACUCGAAGUAAUUGAGCAAAGUGCACUGCAUAAAAACCUGGAAGCCCCCACACAUGAUAGGACUGAUGCAAACAGCCAACUAGAAACUGCUCAUUGUGGACGGGGCACAAUUUAUUCUUCCUGGGUUAAAAGUCCUGACAGGACAGGUGUAAAUUUCUCAAUGAAUUCUAAUUUGAGGGACUUGACCCCUUCACAUCAGUUGGAGGUUGGAGGUGGAUUCAGAAUAAGCGAGUCCAAGUGCCCGAUUCAAGAUGAUGGAAGAGGCAUGUUCAUGGAAGCAUCUGUUUUUUGUACUUCAGAAGAUGGAAUUGCACCUGGCUUUGGAAGGACUGUCAAUAACGACAAUUUGAUGGAUGGAAAUUGCACACCCCAGAAUCCUCCACAAAAGAAAAAGGUGUCCUUGUUAGAAUACCGUAAGAGACAACGAGAAGCUCGAAAAAGUGGCUCAAAGACAGAGAACUUCCCCCUGGUUACUGUAUCUCCUAAUGCUGCUGGUGGAGGAAAUACAAGUAAUAACAAUGGUGCUAAUGAUGGGUAUAACAACAGUGGUGAAAAUGGGGAGCAAACUGAUAAUACUGCAAGCCUGCCUUUACCACUGCCAGCUACUGUUUAUAGUGCAGCUCCAGAGGACACUGGCAACAACUGUGCAAUUAAGGAAUCUUCCUCCAGUGAGAAGAAUGAACCAGAGGUUCAGUGGACUGCAUCAACCUCUGUGGAACAAGUGAGAGAACGAAGUUAUCAGAGAGCUUUACUUCUCAGUGAUCAUAGGAAAGACAAGGACAGUGGGGGAGAAUCACCUUGUAGGCCAUGCUCACCGUCUCAUGUUCAGUCUCCAUCUCAUUCAAAUCUCAUUUCCCAGUUGCAGCUUAAGGUCCCUUCUUUGACUGAAUUUAUGGAAGAGCCUGAUUCUGAAAAUCCAGAGCCAACUUCUGAAUGUCCGUCCCCCGAUACUUCACAAAGGACUUGUAAGAGUCCGUCAAAAGCAAGCAAGCCCUCUUCACCGAAUCCUGUAGUUUCAACACAGUCACUUGGGAAAACACCCACAAAACCAGAUUCGCACUGGGAAAGUGCAGCUAAUGCACCCGAGACCGAAUGUGCAAACCAUCCAAAAUCGGAGCUGCAACAAAAACAGCUGACAAACAAUGUCCAAGCACUUUCAAAGAAUCAUCCAUCUCAGUCACAUCUGCGCAGUUCUGCUGAGCAACUCUCACAUUCACAGAAGUUGCCUUCUGCACCUUUGAAGCUGCAUUGCCCCCCUUCGCCUCAUGUAGAAAAUCCUCCCAAGUCUUCUACCCCUCACGCGCCUGUGCAGCACGGUUAUCUGUCACCAAAGCCUCACUCACAGCAGUUGGGAUCUCCGUACAGACCUCAUCACCCACAGUCACCUCAAGUUGGAACACCCCAGAGGGAAACACACCGAGCCUUCUAUCCGGCAGCACCGACCCUUCAGCCCAGUAAUCAGCCACAGGCGAGCGGGCCCCUGUUCACUCAGACAACAUCAGGACAAUCCUCAGCUUCUUACAGCCAGUUUAACCAACAAAAUUUGAACAGCAAUGCACCACCUCCCCCACCCCCUCCACCCCCUUCUUCUACUUACUAUCAAAGCCAGCAGCCCUCUGGAAACUUCCAGAGCUACAGCCAGCUGAAGGGCAGCAUACCCCAACAGACUGUGUUUUCAUCUGGACCAAAUCAAGCACUUCCUGGCACUGCAGGUCAGCAAACAGUGCCGGGACACCACGUAGCUCCAGGGCAUUUUUUGCCGUCUCAGAACCCCAGUAUUCAUCACCAGGCAUCGGCAUCCGCUGCUCCGCCACCGCCUCCACCGCCGCCUGCUCCAGGGCCUCACCUUGUCCAGCAGCAAAGUACUCAUCAGCAGCACUCUGUAGCACACGUUGUCGGUCCGGUCCAUGCCAUGGCAGUGGCUCCUGGAUCGCACAUUCAUUCUCAAGCUGCUGGUCACCAUUUGCCACCACCUCCUCCGCCACCAGGUCCUCUCCCCCACCACCAACCUCCCCAUCCUCCAACGGGACACCAAGGUUUGCAAGCACAACACCAGCACGUUGUAAACUCGGCACCUCCCCCCCCUCCGCCCCCUCCCUCCAACGUCAUCGGCUCGGGCCACCACCCGGCAUCAGCACAAGGGUUACACCACCCCUCUCAUCAAGGACCCCCCCAUUUCCCUUCAAACGCUCACACGAGCGUGUCCUCCUAUUCCUCACAAGCCCCACAUCACACGACGUUAGGACCUGGACCUCAACAUCAGCCUGCUGGCACAGGACCUCAUUGCCCACUCCCUGGUCAGGGUCCUCACAUCCAACCUCAAGGACCAAACAGUAUUGCAACACCUACUGCUUCCGGGUUCUGCCCUCACCCCGGCUCCGUGACCCUUCCCCACGGAGUGCAAGGGCAGCAGCAGGCCUCGCCGGUGCCGGGACAGAUCCCCAUCCACAGAGCACAGGUGCCGCCCACUUUUCAGAACAAUUACCAUGGGUCAGGGUGGCAUUAAAACAGAUCCCUUUAGUUAUAAACAUUUUUAAAAUGUUCUGUAAUAUAAACUGUGUAUAUUUAAUAUGUACCUAUUCAAGGUACUUUUUAAAGCUUGUACAUGAUACUUUGUAUAAAAGCAAACACCAGUGCUCUUCCAUUGUAUCCUUUCCAUUUUUUGCUUUUUAAAAUUCCUGAAAAUGUGCUGUUAAGCCAGUAUUAGGUAUUUCUUUUUAUUUUGUAAGUGGACAUUCCAGCUGUUUUUUCUGGCAGUAGGUUUGAUGCUGCAUAAUGUUUAAAAUUUUAUUGUUGCAGUUAAAUUCAUUUAGUGAAAGUUUUCUAUAUUACUUUUAUACAUAUGUAAUUAAAUAAGUACACAGGCUAAGUGAUGGCACUAACAACUUUUUUUUUUUUUUUUCAUUUUCUUCUGUCAACAGUUUUUUGUGUGCAUAGAGAUAGGAAACAAUGCAAUACAGAUUUUUAUAGUUUUGGUGUGGACAUGGCUUUUUGUUUCAUCAGUUAUUUGCAGAAAUUGUAAUUUAAUGUAUAGACUGUUUCUAAUGUCUGACGAGUGCUGUAAAUACUGUAUUUCUUUCGCUUGUAAAGUUGCUUAAAGCUUCUUUCAUUUGAUAUAGUAUUGUAUAUAAUAAGUCUUUUGCAAAAAAAAAGUGUGAUCUUUGUGAAAGUAGUACAGUAUAUGAUCUUUAAUUUUUUUUAAUAUACUGUCACAUUGCAGCACUGGUUGGGCAUUUUAAUUCAUGUUAAUAAAUCACAAUUAUGUCAGUUUUAA